AAGAGAGAGAGGAGCGAACACCAAUAUAGAGAGCCUCUCUCAGUCAGUCCACUGGAGCUCCUCUGCCAGACGGCACUCACCCUUCCACUAUUAAACACUUAAAACAUACUCAUUAUCACUGCUCAACCGCAGACGACACAUCACAGUAUCAGAGACUCAAUCUUUCUCUUCCGGAAAAAAAAAAAAAAAAAAAAAAAAAAAAACAUUUGACUCGCUCUGCUUGCACACAUGCAUACACGCCAGCUCUGAGGAGGCUGGGUCGACGCUUGAGAGGCUACCUGAGAAUGGAAUGGAAUCUCGGAAGAAUGGAAAGUGAAUUGAGACACAUCAACCCAGACCUGCUGCAGCCCAGCAAAAGCUUCAAGAAGCCCACAUCAGGCACUAUCACAAUCAACGUCGGGGGCUUCCUGUACACUGCUCACCGGACCACCCUUGCUAAGCAUCAGGGGACCUUUCUGGAAGAGUUAGCCAAUGGUAAGAAGCCCGUCCAGCACAUGGAUUCAAUGGGUAACCCGUUCAUCGACAGAGAUGGUCCAGUUUUCCGACACGUGCUCAACUACCUACGAACUGGAGAGCUCCAUCUACCCGACGACUUCCGGGAGGCGGGGCUCCUCCGAAAAGAGGCCGGUUUUUACCGUCUGGUCGAACUUGUGGAAGCGGUGGCUGAGUGGGAAAGUCACAGGGCUGCCCAGCGGGAACCUGCAUUCUUGGAGAUGACAGAUAGCCACGAGAGGUCACAAGGUCUCAAGGUGUACUGCAGCGAUGCCGCGUUCAUUGAUAAGGUCAAAGGCCGGCUGGUGCAGAUCUCCAAGAGUCGUCUGGAUGGCUUUCCGGAAGAAUUUGAGGUGUCAUCCAACGUGAUCCAGUUCAAACAUUUCAUUAAGUCGGAGCCUGGUUCGCGACUCGUGCUGAAGGAGGACAGCACAUUCUUGUGCACGCUUGACUGCCUGAAACUAGAGACGGUGAUGCUGGCCUUGAGGUCCGGCUUCAGGCUGGUCACCAGCCUUGACAGCAGCAAAGGGUCCGUUGUGGCGGCCGAGGCUCUGCAUUUUGUCAAAUAGGCCGAGGGGGGAGCGAGAUGAAAGAAGAGAAGGAAAAAAGAGAAGCGUGAAAAAAGAAGCAGUGCCUGAUUCCAUAUCCACUCUGCCAACAUUUGGUUUUGGCUUUAACGGUCUUGUAAUAUGUAUUGAGCUGUGAUUUGUGCAAAAAGAAAUAAAAAAAGAAGCAACUGCUUUCUGUUAUUGUUUGUAUAACGAAUUUUUAAUGCACAAUUUUGGCUCAGAAUUAAAGCAAAGCGGAAUGCCGUUACAUGCAGGAAUGCUAUUUUGGUAUCAACUUACAUUCCUAUUGCAUGUCAUUCAUGUAGACCAAUUUGACUUUGACUCUAUUUAGUCCUGAUAAGUGCAGUGCAGACAGCACAGAGACCCCUUCAACAUGAAAAACAAGUGAAAAAGUGAAAUUCUCCAAAAGUGACCGCUUCACAUUCGCCACAAUUACGGCAUUUGCAAUGGCUGCCGUCCUUAAAACUAACCACAAUGUGCACCAUUCUGCCACUUGGCUUUUACUUGUGUGUGUUACAGUACAAUCCAUGUACUUGGUUUGAUAGCUCAUUAUGCACAAAUAGGUUGGCAUCCAAAUCAGAACCAGCAUCUGAGUUUCCUUUUUCAUUGCAUUAAGCAUUUAGCGCAAACAACUAUGACUGUUGUAAGGGCUUUUUGGAUUGAGCAUGAUACGUAUGUGCACUAAAUCAAUUUUGUGUUGGUGCUGUGAGCCUCUGUGUAGUGAGUGCAAUAAUGACUGUGAAUAUUUUAUGAAUAAAAUUAUACUG